UCAUUUUCUUUGGCAUCUCAUUAGGUCCAUCUGGAUUUCCUCCUUACUCUCGGUACAUGGGGCUGUACUUUGCUUCAAGGCAGCAUCAGUGGUUAAGGGCAAACAUUCCAAGCAGGAGGAGGGAGUGACACUCACUUAGGUAUUAAUGGGGGUGCAGCCUGAUGAGAGGUUAGCUCAACUUCUGUUCCUCCUCAGGUGAGGCUGAGGAACUCAACUCUAAGUGGGACAGCCAAGUUUGAGGGCUAGAGCAGUCUGACCCCAAAUUUAGCUGCCAAGGCUCCAAACCCACUGGACAAGUUUUGCUUAAGUGGGGCCAACACCUCUGAGGCCAAUGAAGCCUACUAAUCAGAUGUUUGUACGUACAUGAACCUAAGCAAUAACAAGGAAACGAUGCCCAAGACCAUGCCCAUAUGAAGUGAGGAUAGACUAUAAAAGCCUCAGGAUAUAAGGGACCUUAGACACAGUUCAUUCACUUCUUGAACCAAUUUAGCCACCGACAGAAUUCUUAACACUAUGCCUGAUAGCUGCUGUCUCAGAACCUGCCAGCCUGUUCCAUCUGCACCUACCAUACCCUUCUACUCCAAUGGUGGCACCCAUGGAAAGGCUAUCUACUUGCCUAGUUCCUGCCAAGGCAAAACGUGGCAACUGGUUACCUGCCAAGAAAACUGCCAGCCAUCUAGCUGCAACUUGAGUUGCCCUGACCCUACAUGCUGUGAGCCCACAUCCUGCCAACUAACUUGUCUUCCAUCAACGUCUCACGUGGGUUUCGUCUGCCAACCCAUUUGUAAUAGUGCUAGGUGCUACGGAGCUAGUGGUGGCCAGUCAGCUUGCAUUGUCAGCAGCUGUCCACAACCUUGCUCUGAAUCUAAUUCCUGCCAAUCAACUUGUGAUACCACUCCCUGCCAACCAGCUUCUUGUCAGGAAGCUGUGUGCGCACCUGGGUCAUGUCCAUCAGCUUACUGCCAAUCAACAGGCUGCGAGUCCAGUUCCUGCCAGCCAACCUGCUCUGAAUCCAGUUCUUGUGCUCAGAUGUCCUGUCAGCCAGCCAUCUGCAUGCCCAGUUCAUGCCAACCAACUCCUUGCCAGAUAAGUUCAUGCCAACCAACUAGCUGUGAAGGCCAGUCCUGUAGACCAACUUACUAUCAGCCUGUCUACUUUCUCAGCUCUUGCCAACAAUUUCCUUACACUCCUGUUUCUAGUCAGCCAUCUUUAUGUAUGCCUAGCUUUUACAAACAAACUUACUGCAUUCCUAUGUCCUUCCAGUCCUUUCAUUGCCAGCCACCUUCUUACAUGUCUUAUGUCUGCCAGCCAAACAGCUGCCAACCCAAAUGCUCUGUGCAGAAUUACUGCAAAUCAGUCUAUGGAACUUCUCUCUCCUGCCAACCAACUCGUUAUGUGCCCCCUUCCUACAAAGGGAAUGGAAGUAAGUCCACUUCUUUCCAGCCGGCUUGCUGUGUGACUGGUUCUGAAAAACCGUCUAGCUGUGGCAUUGGUUACUAUCAACCUACUUCUCCAAGUUACUGCAAGACAAGUAGAUGCCUGCUCAGCUCCUGCCGACCCAAUAGCUAUGUAUCCAGCAUCCGCAAAUCUACCUAUUGCUAAUGGAGAAGACUGCCUCAUCUGAGAAGUCAAGUCUGCCCAACAGCACCUUGCUGCAUUGCUUAUGUCUUAUUUCUUGGUAUACGGCAAAUUCUCCCAAGUGUAUAUUUCUGCUGUUCAUCAACUAUGCCAUACAUACUCUGAUUCCAAUCCUGAAAGUCUGUGCAGGCAAUGGAAGCAGUUGCUAGGUAAUGGUUUCCUUAAAACAUAAGGGAAAGGCACUGGGUAACAAUGGGUGAAACUAUGUCUUGAAUUUCUUGAUACUGUCAAUCUCAUUUCAUUUCAGCAAAUGAUCUUUCAUGGAUUCUUUCUAUACUAUUUAAAAGGCAACUUGCUGCCUUUGUUGGUAAUGGCUAAUAAAUGUAAUAGAU